CACACCACACCCCCCACUCCCCAGUCUAGCGACGGAGUGGGCAGAGACGAGGCGUGACACCACCCCCCACUCCUCAGUAUCAUCAACCUGCAACUACUGGAUCUGCAGGCUGCGCGUUGUCCCCGAGGUCCAGGCUGUCGGACUCGGCCGGCGGCAGCACGCCGUCCCCGAGCUUCAGAAGCCGGAUUCGGCGGGGCCUCGUCGUUCUCCAUCCUCGGCAGCGUCACCUCCCGACUAGUGGCGGCAACUACACAACGGCAGGUCCGCAGUCGUCCACAAGUUUGAGGCUUGAGCUAUUCUGAAGCCUCCCCACACAGCAAAGCUAGAGUCCUGAGAGCGCGAGCGUGCUGAGACAUGGAACUCGCAGUGGGGGCCAUGGGCUCCCUCCUCCUCAAGCUCGGCAAGCUUCUAGAGGAGCAGUACAAGCUUCAGAAGAGCGUGAAGAGUGACUUCCAGUAUCUUCAAAGAGAGCUGCAGAGCAUGCAUGCUGCCCUGAGCGAGGUGGCGGAGGUGCCCCGAGAGCAGCUCAAGCAGCAGGACAGGCUUUGGGCCACUGAUGUGAGGGAGCUGUCCCAGGACAUAGAGGAUGUCGUGGAUAACUUCCUAGUUCGCAUCGAGGGCCCUAAAUCUGAGCCAGCUGCUAACCCGGAUUGUUUGAGGGGGCUCAUAGUGAAUAUGACCAAGUUGAAGAAAUGGAAGGCUCGCCGUCAGAUUGCUGCCGCCAUUAAAGAUAUCAAAGAGCAGGUCCAUGAAGUGGCCAACCGAGAUGGCAGGUACAGGGGUCCUCAUGGUGUGGUUUCGCAUCUAACUGCAAUUGCAGCCACACGGGUCACAACCACUGUGGAUCCUGUCCUGAUAGCCCUGUAUGGAGACCAGAAAAAACUUAUUGCCAUUAGUGAUGCAAAGGAUGAGAUUAUCAAGAAGCUCUCUGAGGGGGAUGAUGUAUCCAUGAAACACCUCAAGAUACUUUCUGUCGUUGGAUUUGGAGGAUUGGGCAAGACAACUCUUGCUAAAGCAGUAUAUGAUGAGCUUCGAGGGCAGUUCGGUUCUUGGGCAUUUGUGACGGUUUCUCAGAAUCCUGACGUAAGAAAAGUUCUUAGGGACCUUCUAUAUCAACUUGACAAUGAGAAGUAUAAGGAUUUGGGUGGAGCAAUAUUAUUCAUGGCUGAAACAGAACUCAUUGAAAAACUCCAAGAAUCACUUAGGACUAAGAGGUAUUUCAUUGUCAUUGAUGAUCUAUGGGAUGUAAAAGUAUGGGACACUAUCAGAUAUGCUCUGGUGGAUAGUAAUCAGGGAAGCAGAAUAAUCACUACAACACGCAAUCGUGAUGUUUCUAAAGCGUGUUGCUCUUUUAAUGAUGAUAUAAUUUACAACAUGAAACCUCUUUCAGAGACUAAUUCCCAGAUUCUCUUCCAUAAAAGAAUAUUUGCAAGCGACACUGGUUGUCCUCGGGAGCUGGAGCAAGUGUCUAAAGAUAUCUUGAAGAAAUGUGGCGGGGUGCCAUUAGCUAUUAUUACUAUAGCUAGUCAUUUGGCUGGUGAUCAGCAGAUAAAACCAAUGGAUCAAUGGUAUUCUUUGCUGAACUCUAUUGGACGUGGACUUACAAGAGGUGGGGAUGUGGAGGAAAUGAGGAGGAUAUUAUCUCUUAGCUACUAUGAUCUCCCUUACCGUCUAAGAACUUGUUUAUUGCAUCUAAGUAUCUUUCCGGAAGAUACUGAAAUUAGUAAAGGUCGGUUGAUCAAGAGAUGGAUAGCUGAAGGCCUUUUCCAAGGUGAAAAUCAUGAAGCUAGCCUAUUUGAUCUUGGAGAGAGUUACUUCAACACACUCAUAAAUAGAAGCAUGAUUGAACCGGUAGGCAUCAGUGUUGAAGGCAGGGCGAGAGCUUGUCGUGUACACGACAUGAUGCUUGAUCUCAUAUGUGACUUGUCAAGUGAAGAAAAUUUUGUUACUGUAUUGGAUGUUAUCAAGGGAGACACACCUCUGGAAAGAAAGAUCCGCAGGAUGUCCCUCCAAAAAAGCAUGGAAAAUCUUGCCACCAUUUGGUUGGAUAGCGCAAGCAUGUCACAAGUGAGGUCCUUCACUAUUUUCAGUCCUGCUUCUAAUCAGAUGCCUUGUCUUUCGAGAUUUCAAGUUUUACGUGUUUUGGAUCUAGAAGGUUGUUGUCUCGGGGAAAGUUGGCAUCUUAAUCUGAGGCAUAUUGGGAAACUUUUACACCUGAGGUACCUAGGGCUGAGGGGCACACAAGCUCAUGAGCUCCCUAUGGAAAUAGGAAUGCUAAAGUUUUUGCAAACACUAGAUUUGAGAGGGACCUGGGCAGAAUUGCCAUCAAGUGUUGUUGGACUUGAGCAUUUGAUUUUCCUGCAUCUUUCUUUAGUUAUGGAAUUGCCAAUUGGGUUGAGGAAUCUGACGUCCCUUGAAGAGUUGACUGGAGUGCAUGUGGGUUCGUUUUGUGCAAAAAUUGUGAAAGAGUUGGGUUAUCUGACCAAACUUAGGGUGCUUGACAUUAAUUGGAGAGGGUCGGAGAAAAAUAGAGAGGAUCGAGAUCUUGCAGAUUUCUUGUGCAGCCUACACAACCUCCAGAAUCUAGAAAUCCGUGGUGGUGAUGACCAUGUCUAUCUAAGGCGGGACUGGGUGCCCUCUCCUCACCUCCGUAGACUUGUGUUGCACGGAUGGUUACAGGAGUUGCCAACAUGGCUAAGCACCUCGUCGCUCCCCCUACUUUCCUACCUGGAUAUAAAUGUCCGUCAAGUGUUGUCGAAGGACAUUCAGACCGUUGGGAUGCUGAAAUCUCUUCAUUUUGUCAGUCUGAAAACAGGCACUGGACAGUGUGAUGUGGAGAGGUUGGUGCUGUUGAGAAAAUAGGCAAUUUUCCGAGUA